UAACCACCCUACUCUCGCUUUCCGACCCAACAUUGUCGCUUCACUAUCUCGUUUCUUUCUCUUUUUUCAUUCAGCGGAUGCAUUUUACAGAAUACUCAUGAUGAGUGCCGCAUUUUCCCGCCUCCAAUUGGCUGCUGCGUUGCUCGAAUACGAUAAUGAUCCAACAAAUCCUGAUGCCCCAUACCGCUCUGCUCACGAGAGUGCUCUGUUUGCCCAUCUCCGCCGCAAUGUUCGACCAAGUGCCGUCGCUGCUCAACGGAGAAGUACCAAUCAUAUUGGUGUUUCACUUCCCAGCGAAGGAGCGAGCGGUGGCGGCCGCGAGUCUGUACUGGAUGGCAGACGCUCUAGAGGUUCUACAUUUGCGCUAAGAAACCCCUUUGGUGCCGAUGAUUACUAUGAGGAGGAAGAGCACGAAGAAGAGCACGAGAACGGACAGGAGCAAGCACAGGAGAACUUGGAGAUGGAUUUGACUUCAUGGGGGUUGGAAGCCUUUAUUUCCAAGGAGAAGACGUUAAAGGACAAAGGCAAAGGGAAGGAAACAAACCUCUACCCUCUGUCGUCCGUCAGCUCUCACAUUCCUCAUCAAACAAGUCCCACUGCAGGAUUUGUACCUCGCCCGCGACCAACAAGGUCUUUGAGUGUCGGUGACUUCGACCACUUCAUACCUUCAGAAGACACUCGUAGAAAAUCCAUCGCGUCACCACUUGAUCUCGCUGACUUGGAUGCUAGUCCAUCUGUUCCGUUCCAACGCCAUCGAGCAGCGUCCUUUGCACUUGAUAAUGAGAUUCCUUCGACUUCUCAAAAUAUACCAUUCCCCUCCAAAUCUAUUCGCUCGCCUUCUCCCCCACCGGAAGAAGAUCUUCGCGCUUAUUCAACGCCGAGCUUGAAAGAAGACGGCGGACUUCGGGAGCGUACUGCCUCUAAUGGUAGUAUGACCUCGCGCUUUCUCGAAGACGACAAUCCGUUUGCCUUGCAACCCCCUUCUCGUUCAUCCAAGUUUGACCCCAAGGCAGCUGCUCAUGCCCGUACUACGUCAAACGCGUCCAUGGGGUCACGAAUGCUACUUGAAAAUGAUGGUGCAUCUGUUAUGACCAAGCAGACCGGACAGAACCGCUACUCGACCACUAUCGAUCUCCUCCGGCCCAGAGUGCUCGUCAUGCCCAGUCCUCUGCAGCCCUUGUCCAGUGAUCCUCAGCUGGAACCCGAUCCCAUUCGUGACGGUUUCCAUCUGUCCACUGAUGGACCGCCUCUACCUCCUGGUGCUCGUUCUGCUCGAGACAGAAAGGCUUCUUCUGUCUUCCUCGAUGCAGUCCCUAUCGCAUCAAAUUCAUUCACUCCUAAUCCCCGAAUGAACCUGUCCGCGUCUCAGAUGAUAUUUCGCAAUACCCUCAAAGUGGACGGUGAGCGCGAUCCCACAUACGUGGAUUUCGAUAGAGAGCUGCCACGGGCUACAGAGGAAGGUCAACAAGUAUUCUUGGAUCCUCCCUCAGAUGAUGUUACACCCGGAAUUCCAGCAGAAGAUGCUUAUCCCCCGGGUCGACCGGCUGGAAAAUUAUAUGGGAAGAGUCUCAUCGACGAUCUUGAAAAUAGAAAGGCGGUCAUGAGGAGCAAACAACGGGUCUUCAAAGGUGACGACCGACCUUCAAUGAUGGCACGGGGACCAGUGAAGCGUUCCAGUACACUUAUCGAUCCCGCCGCCUUAUCGGGGGACAGGCCUGCUACACAGCGCAUGAGUUCCUACUUAAGCGACCGCUCUCGUCCUGAAUCUAUGGGACCCAAACCUCUUCUUAAUUUCGAAGGCGAGAAAACACCACAAGGUCUACCACCAGUCAAAUUGAAUCCAAAUGCGAAAAUGCCCAAUGCUCGUACUGUCUUUGGUGUUGAUACGUUGUGGGAAAAGGAAAUGGCGAAGCUAAAGCAAAUUGAAGCUCAGGAGAAGCUGGAAGCUGAGGAACGGGAAAGAAGAGAGGCGAUGGCCACGAACAAGAAGAAAAAGAAGGGCAAAGAUAAGGAUGUUCCCACACCUUAUGAACAAAGCGAGGUAUCAGACACGAAAAGCCCUCUGCCGUCUCCAUCUCCUGUAAUAUCAACUUCACCUCCUGUUCUUCCUGUCCUCUCACCUGCGAUCCAUGGCCCUCCUCCCGUGAUUGACGAUGACUCUGAAAGUGAGGCCAGCGAUCACGUUGUGCAACGGCUGGCGGCCAAGAAGGACGUUCAAGGGUGGUAUGAGGACUCGUCUGAUGAAGAGGGUCCUCUACGAACCACUGGAGUUGGACCGAGAUAUCGUCGCUCACAGGCCUCCUCCGGCAAACCUGCUCCUCAAUUCACCAAACCUACUCCAGAUUCAGACAGCGAAGAUGAUCUUCCUUUGUCGGCGACUAUUAACCGAGCAGCUGCGCGUCUAACCCAUCUGAAGCCCGACUCUGGUUCCGAAGAAGAAAACGAGCCGCUCUCAGUUCUAUUACGAAAGUCGCAGUCCGUCAAUAGUCUUCUACCCAAGAUCGACUUUGACCGAGCUCAGCCUGCCGGAGAUGAAGAUGAGGAUGACAGGCCGCUUGGUCUUCGUGCAUCCCACGUUGCUCCUUCGUCCGUCGCCCACAGUUCAAUGCCUGAGGGCGGUGAUGACGACGAUCGUCCCCUGGCUUUUCACCCUGAGCAGCAGCGGCGAACACAGUACCAAAUGAUGGCCCAGCAACAGAUGUUGAUACAAGCGCAGCACAUGCAGAACGGCAUGUUCUUCAACCCCUCUAUGAUGGGAUCUCAGUUCUUCGGUCCUCCGGUGGCUGCUAUGAAUCCUAUGAUGAUGCAGCCUCCCAUGCAAAUUCCAUCACCGCCACCCAUGCAAGAUCCAACGAAAUUUGGUAGGGUUGACAGAUGGAGACGGGACGUAGCUGUUGAAGGUGAAUGAUCAUUUUUAUUAGUUGUACUCUUCACGGACUUCCCAAUCUUUCGCGCACACAUUUCUUUGGAUCUUGUACAUGUAUUCGUACGCUACGUUAUGGUACGCAGUCUGUUUUCGGGUCGUUCACAUUCCAAAGGUACAUACACUUGAAUACAGUAGUAAUUAUCCCCAAUCUACAAAACAGAUCAUGAGUGGUAUCUCUUUAUGAUGAUGGUAAUUAUAAUUCAGGAAAUGGU